UAGUAAAAUGUAGGGUCUCUUCCCAAAUUUAAAGCCUGCAACAGAAAUGAGUGCACUUCUCUGUAGUAAACAGUAACACAUCGGUCUUCUUCAUGUCUUUGGAUUUCUUUUUUGGAUUUGGAUUCGGUUUCAGCCAUAUAUUUUUUUCUUUUUAUUUCUUGAGAUAAAAAAAUACAUGAGCUUCAUCUCUUUCUUUAUGAACAACGUUUUAAAUAAAUGUAAUUCUAAGAAUACAAGUUAUAGUAUAAGAUUUCUUUCUUUUUUUUUUUUAGGUCGGAAGAUCUAAAAGAUAUGAAAAUGGAUUCGUGUCAUAAACAGAGGGAGCUCCUGAUAAAAUGUUGCCUAUAUGUUUGGUCUAGUGCUCUGAGUCUUUUAGUGAGGCAGAUGAUGAUGAUGAAGAUUCUGGGUUUCUUCUUCUUCUUCUUCAUGAAACUGUAAUAAAAGAGCAUAUAGUGAACCUGCGGAAUGAAAGAAAGUACACUGUUCUUUCACUGAGAAAGAAGAGAAAUAAAACACUUUCUUCUUCCUCAGUUUUUAACACACAUUUUGGAAAUUUUGAUGUAAUAACAAUUCUGUUUGGAACGUUUUGUUGUCUGAGAUCUUCCCAAGGGUUCUAUCAGAAGAAGAAGGAUAAAAGUUUCAUUGAAACCCCAAAUGGACAACGACAACGCUUUUAGUUCUCUGAAUAAUGUCAUGGCCAACCAAAACCCUCUUCUCAUGGAUUUUAUACCUUCAAGAGAAGAUUCAACUUCAUUUUCAUCAAUGCUUCCAUGGAACUCCAUCAGAUCAGAUCCUCUACAAAUGGGUGGCUUUGAUAUCUUCAAUUCUAUGCUGACUAACAAAUACUUGUCAUCAUCUUCUUCACGAUCUUUUGAUGUUCAAGAAAACCGCAAUGUCGAAAGCUUUGAGGUCAUGGCACCUCCUCCUCCUCCUCCUCAUCCUCAACUUCAUCAUUUGGAUCAUUUAAGACCUUAUGAUGAUGCCUCAAACAACAUGUGGGGUUUUGAAGGAAAUAGUGAGUUUCAGACAUACACAAGUGUUGUUGGUCCAAGUGAACCAAUGAUGUCUACAUUUGGUGAAGAAGAUUUCCCGUUUCUGAUUUCGAAUAAAAGAAACAGUGAGCUUUCGUUGAGUCUUGCCACAGAUGUUUCUGAUGAAUGCUCGGAGAUAAGUCUUUGUGCUGCUACUAGAUUAGCCUCAGAGCAAGCUUCUUGCAGCAGCAAAGACAUCUCUAAUAACGUUGUCACUCAAAGUUUCUCUCAACUUAUAUGUGGUUCAAAGUACCUUCACUCUGUUCAAGAAAUACUAUCUCACUUCGCCACAUACUCGCUCGAUUAUUCAUCUCGAGGAGCCGAGUCAGGAGCUGCUAAUUCAGCCUUUACCUCACGUUUUGAGAAUCUAACUGAGUUUCUUGAUGAUGAUUCUAAUAACUCGGAGGCAGGUUUGGGAUCUACAUAUCAAAGAAGAGCAUUAGAAGCACAGAAAACACAGCUCCUUGAUCUUCUACAAAUGGUGGAUGAUAGAUAUAGCCAUUGCGUAGACGAGAUUCAUACGGUUGUAUCAGCGUUCCACGCUGCAACCGAGUUAGAUCCGCAGUUACACACACGGUUUGCCCUCCAAACCAUCUCUUACCUAUACAAGAGCCUGAGAGAGAGAAUCUGCAAGAAGAUACUCGCCAUGGGAUCUGUACUGGAAAGAGGCAAGGACAAGUCUCAAGAAAACUCUAUCUUCCACCAGCAUUGCCUUCUUCAGCAGCUGAAACGAAAGAACCAUCAGAUUUGGAGACCGCAGAGAGGUUUGCCUGAGAAAUCAGUCUCGGUUCUACGGACUUGGAUGUUCCAAAACUUCCUUCACCCUUACCCAAAAGAUUCGGAGAAACAUCUUCUAGCUAUACGAAGUGGCUUGACAAGAAGUCAGGUAUCAAACUGGUUUAUAAAUGCGCGGGUUAGGCUAUGGAAACCGAUGAUAGAAGAGAUGUAUGCUGAAAUGAACAAGAGGAAGCUCAAUAACAGUCACCUUCAACCAAACGGAGCAACUCUUCGAAUGCCAAAGUCUGUUAUGAUGAGCCAAGCAAUGCACAAAUAAGUCAACAAUUGUGUUAGGCAAUUUGCUACUACUAUAUAUGAUUGCCCAAAAUCUAUAGCAGUUACUACUAUCAUUACUUAUGUUAUAAUUGUAUAUACAACUUUUAUUAUGUUGUGUUUUAAACUUUUUAAUCAAUAACUCAUCACCAUUUUUCCUUUUUGGA